AUGGAAAACUCAUCAGAGAAAGAAAACGUGUGCGCUGCUACAACUUCAACUGCUUUGGAACACAAAGAAGAGCCUAUUUACGUGGAAAUGGCCCCUCUUGAAGCACAGCAUGAUGCGAUUGUAGAAGCAGGGAACAGAACGUAUGCUCCUAGCUGCAUUAAACCUAUAGUAGAUGGGGAAAAUAUUCCUUGGGUGGCGUUUGCUAAAAUCGUAGAAGCAGCUAACAGAAAAGUGAACCCAGAGUGUUGCCUUUAUUGCUAUGAAGUGUACACUUAUCAGAGUGACAGCAGCGACGAUGAUGAUGAAUAUGCGCCGAGCUCGGCAUAUGAGACAUCAUCUUCUGAAGAGGAAGAAGAGAAGCCGUUGACCCCGACACCAUCUCGUGCGGCUACGCCGGCACCCCCCCAGGAGACUGAGAAAUACGUUUGCGUGAAAGAUUCAUUCCCCGAUGUAUGGGAAGGACCCGUGGACUAUGCUCUUUUGGCCAUGCGUGUUCAAGAGGAAGUAAACCCUGAAUGUUGUUACAGAUGCGGUUUUGUACACAUGUUCAGAAAUGUGAACCCUGUACCGGAUACUAUGUCAAGAGGGUUAAAAGGCAUUGAUCUGUAUGACACCGUGAUAGAACUUGCCAGGCAUGGGUUUUAAGGUUGUGAAAAGACCCACCCUCCGGAAGAAAGACCAUACAGAGAAGGGAAACUGAAAAGGGAUGGGUGUGUGUGUGUGUGAAGCUUUUGCCUUUGUAUAAAGCACUCCGAAUAAAGAAACGAGUUUUCAUUGCUGUGAAGAAAACAGGCUGUGUGCGUCAUGUCUCUACCUCAAGAGCAUAUCUUGGAAUCUGUAUAUUUUAACCCUGGGGAAGU